AUGUCGUUACUUUCUAUACUCCUCUCCACCCUCCUAACCCUCCUCCUCCCACCCAUCCUCUUCCUAAUAUGGUACCUCCACAUCCCCCCGAAACCUCCCAAACCUCCCCAAAAUCCCAAUCUACAUGAGAUCUACGAACGCUGGUUCAGGGCCCCAUUAGAGAAACACGGCGCCGUGUUAGUCUGGUUCGCAGGACGAUGGAGUGUUCUCGUCUCACGACCAGAUUGGUUAACCGAUAUGUUCCGCAAUGAACAAAUAUAUGCAAAAGCAGGGAGUCAGAUUAAGAUCCCGCAUGCUGUUAUUGCGACGCUUGUCGGUGAUAAUAUCAUCAAUGCCCACGGUGAGAAUUGGAGACUUUACACUGGUAUCAUGAAGGCCGGAUUGCAGAAGAAGGUUUUUGAGACGACUUCUUUAUUGAAACAGUCGAGGAAAUUGGUUGAUGUUUUGAUUGAUCUGCAGAAAGAGACUGGAGCCAACAAAGGUAUUCUAGUUAUGGCAGAUGUACAGAAAUGGGCCGUUGAUGUGAUGGGCGAGAAUUUCUUAGACUUGGAUUUGAAGAGUCUGGGCCAACCCAACGGCGCCGUCCGAAUCGAAGCCCUCCAAUCCAUAAUCAAAGCAACCCUUUUCAAACCAAUGUACUUUAGCUUCCCAGAUCUCGACCACUUCCCCUGGCUGCUACCCUCACGCAAACACGCGUAUCAAAUAAUGCAAGAAUUCGACAGUCGACUAUACACGAUGAUAAUGAACAUGCUCCACAAGCGCACACAAGAAAAACCCACACAAUCCGAAGAAAUCGUCUCGCACAUGCUGGGGGCAGCAUACACGUCUGGUCGAAUAACCGAGAAACAAUUCCGUGAUAAUCUAAAGAUCACCUUCCUAACGGCCCAUGAAAACGCCCAGCAACUCGUCACAUCGAUGUUCUGGCAGCUGGGGACACGAGUCGAUAUCCAGGAUCGAUUGCGGGAGGAGAUCCUGACUACAGCGAAGAUUCAUCCGGAUCCAUCACAGGAAGUCAUCAAUAAUCUCCCGUACCUCACGGCUGUGGUGUUGGAACUACUUCGUCUCUUCCCGCCUGUGUGUCAGCUCAUUAACCGGGUCGCGUUACAGCCCGCACUGCUGGGUGGCGAGCUUCCUAUCCCGAAGGGUGCGUUUGUGGGAUGGAAUGCGUGGGCGGUGCAUAGUAACCCCGAUGUAUGGGGUUCUGAUGCGCGGGAGUUCCGGGCUGAGAGGUGGGGGGAGACCGUUGAAGAGAUGCAAGGGCGCUUCCGGAGGGAGACGGUCCGGGGUACGUAUAUUCCGUUUAAUGCGCAUAAGCGGAAGUGUCUUGGGCAGGGGUUUGCGUUAUUGCAGGUGAAGGUUUUGUUGUUUGUUUUGUUGGGGAGGGUUAAGUGGGUUGUUGAUCCUGAGUAUCGGUUGAAGAUGACGCCGGGUGGGAUUCUGGCGCCGCUGGGUUGUCGGGUUAUCUUGACGGACUUGGAUUCUUCGUCGUGA